CGCCACUUUCCCCAGCGACCACAACGCGCGACAAGCGAUGGACAUUAUCGUGGACCGUGUGCGCAAGGAGCUGUCGCAAAAGUAUGGACACAUGAUGGUGCAGUGGUAUGAGGCGGUUGACUGGCAGGAGCCUUUGAUUCUCGGGCUCAUCUCGUUUCACGUCCUCCUCUUCAUGGCAAUCCUGGUUCUUCGCCACGUGUACAUCGUCCAAGUCGUCUUGUUUCUAUUCAUUUGUGGCACGAUUUUCCUCAGCGAACGCCUGAAUUCGCUCGGCCGCGUGUAUUGGCAAUCUUUUGCUUCGCAGAACUACUUUGACGUGAAUGGCGUGUUCAUGGGCAUCUUCGUUGCAGGGCCGCUCCUUGCGAUCGGGUUUGUUCAGCUGGCGAGCAACUUGUACAACAUGGCCCACAUGGUCGUCGCUAUCAAACGCCAUGAGCUCAAGACGUCACAACAUAAGAAACCAGCUAAGAAGGACAAUUGAAGCCGUUUUCAAGAAUUCAUAGUUGAGUCGUGUAUUUACUAGUCCAUUGCUCAUCAAUGCAUGCGAACAUGCUCUAUGGGGAGAGUCGACUCCUCAAUGCAAAUCUCGA